AUGGUCAGUUUUAAUAAAAGUACACUAAGAGUUGUAGUUUGCGGCGAUGAAUACGUCGGGAAAUCAAGUUUAAUAUUUUCCUUUGUUAAAGAUCGAUUUGUUUCUCAACUACAGGAGGUUUUACCCAUAAUAACCAUUCCAAGAGAUUUCUCAGCCAGUCCUUAUUCUCCUGAGAAAACUAUUCUUGUGGACACAACUUUAAAUGAUAUUGACUUUUUACAAUCUGAAUUGAAAAUAGCCGAUGUAAUUUGCUUGGUAUACUCAAAUCAUGACUCCUAUGAGCGAAUAUCUAUGUUCUGGAUGGCCAUGUUUAGAACAUUGGGCUUAAAUCUUCCAGUUAUAAUAUGCAGGAAUAAAUGUGACCUGUUAAACAAAGAAGAUAAUGAACUGAUAGAAAUUGAAGAGUUUAUACCAUUAUUAAAAGAUUUUAAAGAGGUUGGAACGUGUAUUAAAUGUAGUGCACUAGAAAAGUUUAAUGUCACUCAAUUAUUUUAUCGAUGCCAACGAGCUGUUACCCAGCCGUUGGCGCCUCUAUUUGAUUCCAAAACGGGGAAAUUAAAACCAUUAGCCAUUACAGCGUUGAAGAGAAUUUUCAUACUAAGCGACAAGGAUCAGGAUGGGUUUUUAAACAAUGAAGAGAUCUCUUUAUUACAAAGGAAAUGUUUUGGGAAAAGUAUAGAUAGUAACGAAUUAAAUGCUAUCUAUAAAAAUCUUUCCAAAAUGGCACCAGAUGAAAGUGCUUUUGUAAGGGGGAAAGGAUUAACUAAAAAUGGAUUUUCUCUUUUAAAUCAAUUAUACGUGGAAACUGGAAGGCAUGAGACCACUUGGGGUAUUUUAAGAGCAUUUCAUUAUACGGAUACUUUGGAAAUUGAGGAAAGGACGUUAUAUCCGACUAUUGAUUAUCCACCGACAUCUUCCAUUGAGUUGAGUCCCAUAGGAUAUAGGUUUUUAGUUGAUGUUUUUAGGAAAUUCGAUAAGGAUAACGAUGGUGGACUAAAUAACAUUGAGUUAACCCAAAUUUUUAAAACAUGCCCAAUGGGAUUACCAAAACUCUGGAUAAACACGGGAUUCCCAAACUCUACGGUGGUUAAUAACUUGGGAUAUGUUACAUUACAAGGAUGGCUAGCUCAAUGGUCCAUGACAGCAUUUUUGGACCACAAAACAACCACAGCGUAUUUAGUUUAUUUUGGGUUUGAAAGUGAUACAAGAUUGGCACUAACACUGACAAAACCAAGACGCUUAAAGAAAAGAUAUGGGAAGUAUUAUAGGGCAGCUGUAAAUGAUCGGAAAGUUUUCAAUUGUUUUGUAAUUGGAAAUGCCAAAAGUGGCAAAACAGCACUUUUAGAUGCAUUGCUGGGCAGGCCCACUACAGAAGUGUACUCUCCAACAAUAAAAUCCAGAAUUGCUGUAAAUAGCCUAGAAUUAAGAGGUGGAAAACAAUAUUACUUGAUAUUACAAGAAUUUGGAGAGUCUCAGCCGGCAGUUUUGGAAAAUCCUUCAAAAUGGGAGGAAUGUGAUGUGGUGUGCUUAACUUAUGAUAGCAGUGAUCCAGAUUCGUUUGCAUAUUUGGUAGAAGCGGUUGAAAAGUACAAACAUUUGAUGAAAUUGCCCAUGGUUUUCGUUGCAUUGAAAGCUGAUUUAGAUAAACAACAACAGAGAUGUCACAUCCAACCUGAUGAACUCACUGAAUCAUUAUUUUUAAAUCACCCACUACACAUAUCAACCUUUUGGCAAAAUUCUGUAAAUAAAUUAUUUGAUAGACUAAUCAAAUGUGCAUUGGAACCGUUAAGAGCUACUCCUGGAUUUGAACCCGAACUAAAGGUAAAAGAUGAAGAAUCAAGAGAAAAAUUGAUGGUUGCUGGAUCAAUUUUGGGUAUUGCAUCGGCUUUUUCACUGAUAUUGUAUAAGUUACUCAAAAAAUCUUGA